AUGGCCCUGGUUUGCACCUUCGGCGGUGGGGGGGGCGGGGGGGGGGCACCCAGCAGAAGACCCAGACUGAGCCUGGCCGAGGGGGGGCACAGAGAGGGCACCCUGCAGAAGACCCAGACAGGGGGGGGGGGGGGGGGGGGGGGGUUUCCACAAGGACCACAUUCCAGACCCAAGGCCUGGGUUCAAUGCUCCCCCCCGGUGUGUGGGGGGGGGGCAGAGGGUCCGGUGAUGAGGGGUAUCAUGGCCCACGAGCUGCGUCCAGGGAGUCGCUGUUUGUCCUGGGACAGCCCCAGGCCACUGAAGCACAGCUCGCCCACGGAGGCUGCCCCUAACCUCCACAUGAACCCUCCUCCAGGACCACGGCUCUGGGGGGGGCAGGAUUAA